GAGCCAAUGUCUAAUGUGAAUAUCUUUCCUAGUAAUUCAUAUUCAAUCCAAAGAUGAUGAUGCUUGCAUCAUGGGGACGGAAAUGGCUACUGCGGGCUCAAGAAGUAUCUCUCAUUUGUAGUUUCGUUUCUGUAUUCAGUGGUUGUUUCGAUGUAGUGGUGCUUGCUCUUGAAAAACGGCCUACCGCUGAAAGUGAUGCAAGUGGAGGCGACAACGAAGGUCUGGACGACAGUGUUCUCCUGGCGGGUAAAGGGCUGGCGGAGGAGACCCGAUUUGUUAAGCAUCUUGGUCCAAGGCUUGACGAAGAGGAACCCCAACAAGCCGGUGGAGACUUUGAGGGAGGGAAUAAUUCCGGUGGUGAGGCUCAGUUUCAUCACUAUGAAACUGAAGAGUACGUACGCUCAACACGAAGCCAACCACGAACGCCCUCACCGUUAGCUGCUGACGCCAUGACAGCACCUCCUGAAUAUCGAAAACCCUCUCAAUGGACAUCAUCAUCUCUUCCUCUUUCUUGUCGUAUUUGGGAUUUGGCUCUCCAUUGAUCCCAGUCUCCAACCCGUCUUCCCUUUCAUUACAAUUCACUUUGUGGGUAAUAUGAAAAUGGGGUUGUUGGAGUCUGGAAUCGUUAGGAAGGGCAUCUCAUGAUUGGGACUUACAGUGGAAGCAUUUUGUACUAGAGAAUACUGUUUACGGCGCGGUUAUGACUAUGCACCAAUAAAAAUGCCUAGUCACU